CAACGUUAGGUGCUAACUGGGUUGCUUAGCGGCCGUGAAGACGCACCAGGACGGAUGCAACUGCUCUUUCUCCCCAUGUUCUCUUUACAGCUCGCUAGGGUAGGGUGGUAAUUGCAUUUGGUGAACCUGCUGCCUUUAAUGGAGCGGGUGCCCGACCUUUAAUUCCUUGCUGGACAGCGGGAGAGGCUCUGAAGAGGCUCGCUAUCCCUGGAGAGUUCGCCUGGUAGCAACCUUUUCUCUUCAUUUAAUGGGCACUUAAGAUCCGUUGGCAAUAAGCAGCAAGGACAGGCAGGCACGUCCUUCGGUCUUUCCUUGCCUUCUAUGCAUACACAGAGAGUAGCAAGACCAGAGAGCCAGCUGCAUGCGAUUUUCGAAGAUUUCAGUUUCCUGGCUGGCAGAGAAAGCUUGGCAGGGGUGGGAGAGAUCGACGAUGGAUGCUCCACCUAAAUAAUGGCAUUGAUAUAGGCUGCUCAGAUUAUACCUGCAUUUCUCUUGUAUUUUCUCGAGUGGGGAGUUUGUUUUCUCUUCCAACGAGGCAUCUCGAUUCCACCCAAUGAGCAAAGAAGAAAAAGUUGUGAAUCGUUUCUUCUCUGGGGAGGAGGAGGAGGAGCCACGCAAGUCAGGAUGAAAUUUAUCUGAAGGGAGUAAAACGGCAAUAAAGCAACGAUCUGACUAUUUCUUUAAAAAACCGCUUCCCCCAAAUGCUCUGUUGGAUUCCCUGCUUGCAGCAAGCCUCACUCGAGUCCAAAGGGCGAUUUCUGGGAAGCCUAGAGUGGAGGCAAAGGGUUAUGAACUAGAGAGCCUUUCGAUAGUUUGUGAUGUGUGCGCUGUUCCCCCUUUUUCUUUCCCUUCCCCAUCCAAUCCCUCCCUUGGCUGUGUGGAUCCUCCCCUUCUGGAAGGGGAGGAGGUGAAUGCCUGGCUUUCCCCUAAACAGCCGACCGAUUAUUACAAGAGGAACCCUAUCUGGGAAGCCUCGAGGAUGCGGCUUGCAACAGACGAGAGCUGAUGGUGAGUCCGGGAAGAGAGAGACCGGACUGAAGUGGAUGGAGAGGUGGAGGGGGGGCUGGCCGGUCGCGACGAGCGUGGCGGGGGAGGACUGCAGACAACGCCGCGGUGGUCGGGGCGCACGAGCCGGUGGCGGCUGCCUGCCACAGCCCCCUCGUGCUCGACGGGGAGCGCCCGGCCCCCUCCUGCAGAAAUGCUGCAUCAUCGACGGACCCACAGCCCAUCGGGAUCUGCCCCUGAAGCGGUCUGAGAACAGCACCCCUGGUGCCUACUAGCAGCAGCAGUACGCAAGGAGCGAGUAAGGCGUGGACGUAGUAAAAAGGAAAGGAGACACCCCUCCUCCUCGCGCUCCCUUUCUGUCUGGCCCGAGCUGCCCCAUUUGCUGCCUCGGUCAGGACCCCCCAAGGAGGCGGCGAGGAUGUCGUGGCUGUAGCCUCCGCUUAAAACGUGUGAGAGAGGGGGCAGGCAGGCGGGCGGGCAGGAAGGAAGAGGAGGCGGACUCGGCUUCUGCUGUCGCUGCUUUCCCCCCUUCUUCCUACUCCAUUCGCCGAGCAUCUCGUCCGACAACUCAACUUCUUGCCCAGCUGGCGGAGCAGCUGCAGCUCGGCUGCCUAGAACUUCUUGCAAAGGGCUGCACAGCAAGGCUGGGACGCGGGCAAGGAAGCCUCUCCCCGCCUGUGUGUUCGUCUGUCGUGUCCUUUACCUGGGGUGAUUUAGCCUAAACAGAGACACGUGUCUUCAGAGGACAGCCCCACUUAAACCAUCAUUUCGGGGAAUUUAUAUAUAUCAUAACCUAUCUAUAUAUGCCUGGACAGAGAGAGAGAGAUUUGAACACUGAAUUGUGAUUUCCGUGCUUUCCUGGAUCUACUCAAAGAAGCCGGGCACACAUUUGCAAAGCUUGUUCCGUGCCCCUCGGUUCCCUCCCGGACGGGGCUCGCAGCGCUCGCUACUGAUCCGGCACAGGUUGCUCGGAUCGCCGCCCGAGACUUCGCGGGUCGCCGCCGCCUCCCUCCAAGCCGGGUCCGGUCGCUUCGAUCCGGGGUGGCGUCGCCGUCGCCGGAGGGUGCCCCCCUGCCGCCGGGCCUUGCGGUGCGCCCAUGCUGCUGCUGCGGAAGUUGCCGGGCAUGCCGGGCUGGCCGCCGUCGGCGGCGCUGGGUCUGCGGCUGCCGCAGAAGUUCCUCUUCCUGCUCUUUCUCUCGGGCCUGCUCACGCUGUGCUUCGGGGCCCUCUUCUUGCUGCCCGACUCUUCCCGCUUCAAGCGCCUCUUCUUGCCUCGGCGGGGGGUCGCCGGCGACCCCGACGUACCCCACAGCCCGCCGCCCACGCCGGGGCCCGACCGCCGUCAUGCCGCCCCCAGCCCGGGCAACGACAGCCCGCGCCAGCCGCCGCCGCCGCGCCACCGCCAGGGGCCGCCCGGGGAGAGGAAGGCGGCCGGCGCGGGAGCGGGCGCCGACACCGCGACCCCCCUCAGGCAGACGGGCGCCCCGUUCCGCUUCGACUACGAGCUGUUCCGCCGCAGCCUCCGCCACCCGGUGCUGGGCAGGAGGAGGGGCGGCACCGAGGACCCCGAGAACCGCGCCCGACGGCUGAAGAUCAAGGAGAUGAUGAAAUUUGCCUGGGAUAACUACAAGCAAUAUGCCAUGGGAAAAAAUGAACUGAGACCUCUCACUAAGAAUGGACACAUCGGAAACAUGUUUGGAGGUCUCCGGGGAGCAACAGUGGUGGAUGCCUUAGAUACCUUGUAUGUCAUGGAGCUGCAGGAAGAAUUCCAAGAAGCCAAAGAUUGGGUGGAGAAGAGCUUUGACUUGAAUGUGAGUGGUGAAGCUUCCUUGUUCGAAGUGAACAUCCGCUACGUUGGAGGGCUUUUGGCUGCAUUUUACCUAACGGGCGAAGAGAUCUUCAGGAGCAAGGCUCUAGAACUUGGCGAGAAGCUUCUGCCAGCCUUCAACACACCAACGGGUAUCCCACGGGGAGUCAUAAACCUGGGCAGCGGGAUGAGCUGGAGCUGGGGAUGGGCAUCUGCUGGAAGCAGCAUUUUAGCCGAAUUUGGCAGCCUCCACCUAGAAUUUCUGCACCUCUCAGAGCUGUCUGGGAAUUCAAUAUAUGCUGAAAAGGUGAUGAACAUCCGCAAAGUGCUGAACAGAAUUGAGAAACCGCAGGGACUUUAUCCUAACUUCCUCAGUCCAGUCACUGGGAACUGGGUGCAGCAUCAUGUUUCCAUUGGUGGCCUUGGCGAUAGUUUUUAUGAGUACCUGGUCAAAUCUUGGGUGAUGUCAGGCAAGAGGGACAUUGAAGCCAAGCUCAUGUAUAGCAGAGCACUGGAGGCCAUAGAAAAACACCUUGUGAAAAAAUCGGCCAGUGGACUGACUUACAUUGCAGAGUGGCGAGGAGGCGUUUUGGACCACAAAAUGGGCCACCUGGCCUGCUUCUCCGGGGGCAUGAUAGCCCUUGGAGCUGAGCAUGGGGCGGAGGAAGAGCAGAAGCAGCACUAUAUGGACCUGGCUGCAGAAAUCACCUACACCUGCCAUGAGUCGUACGCCCGCUCCGAUACCAAGCUGGGGCCAGAAGCCUUUCGCUUUGAUUCUGGCAGUGAAGCCUUAGCCACCCGACUCAGUGAUCGCUAUUACAUUCUGCGCCCCGAGGUGGUUGAAAGCUACUUGUACAUGUGGAGGUUGACGCAUGAUCCCAAGUACCGGCAGUGGGGCUGGGAAGCUGUGCAGGCACUUGAGAAAUACUGCCGAGUAGAAGCUGGUUUUUCUGGGAUCCGUGAUGUUUAUACCACCAGUCCAAGUCACGACAACAUGCAACAGAGUUUUUUCCUGGCAGAGACUUUAAAGUACCUCUAUCUUCUGUUCUCUGAAGAUGAUGUGCUGUCUUUUGAGGACUGGGUGUUCAACACCGAAGCCCACCCUUUGCCUGUGAACCAUACGGACGUUCUCCUAAAGACGACCACGCAAUAGGGGUGCCUGCUUCGGCAGCGGGAUGUGGAAGGUUCCUUGCUUUCUCCCCCUUCUCUCUCCUUUCCAAUAAAGGGAUGUGUGUGUUCCCAGAAGGGUAUUUUGGGGGCAUUCAUCCAAUUCUGGACAGUAUCUGGGAAUAUAAAAACUGUGAAACAAGCACCUUCGUGGGGUUUUUUUUCCUCUGUGAGGAAACUUUAUAAGCCUGGUAAUGACAUGUUGAUUAUGGGUCAUAAUGCACACAAAAUCAUGGACAUUCCUUUCUACGGAGAAUUUCUAUGGAACCCAUUGACUUAGUUUUCAUGUGGCCAAAGGAACAGGAGUUUGCCAUAAAACUGAUGUGGGUUUGUGCCACUCUUCUUGUCUCCCACCUCCCAUCCUGCGCUCUCCUUUUUAUAUACAAUUGAUUUUUAUCACCUUUCUAAUUUACACUUUUUUCAAAAUAACAUGCAUCUAAAUGGUCUCGAUGCCAUGAUUGACCAGAAAGUGUCUGCAAAAUUCUGAAUCCCAAACAUUUCUCUCCCACUCCCUCUUUCCUCUAUAUGCUGUUAAAAUGUUUCCUGCAUCAUGUGGGGUUUGUUUGGGGGGAGGUUUGUUUUUUUGUUUUUGUUUUUGCUUUUUUUUCUUUCUAAUGUUUGGCGUUUUCCUGCUUUGGGUUUUGUUUGGUUUUUAUUUUCAUUUGAAGCUAAAUAUUACAAGGCACUUGUAAUGAUUUCAUUUCUGUAACAAUCAGAGAAGUGAAAAUAGAAUAAAAAUUCCUGUCAGAUCAGGUGUGGCUGGAAGGCUCAGAUCUCUCUUACUGCCACGGAAGAUGAAAUGCAGGAGAAAGCUGGCCGGCUGAAGCAGGAACCUCAGCAGAUCCUUCAGUGCUCUGGACUGGGGAGCAGAUGGAAGUAUCUCUGCUGCUCUAGAAAGAGCAGACAGACCCCGAUGGCAGAAGAAAGGGAUGGGACAACUGGAUGGAGACCACCAGGUGGGGAGCUUCAGCAGCUUCUUGUGAACUGGGAGUGCAGCUUACACCAGGAGUGGUCAGCUUGUUGGACUUCAGCUGCCAUCAGCCCUAGAAAGCAUGGUGAAUAGUCAAGGAUGAUGAGAUUUAUAGUCUGUCGGUAUCUGCAAGGCACCAGAUUGGGGAAGUCUGCGUUAGGUGGUGGCUGUUGAUAAUAGUGCUCUUGUCGUUGCAUUUCUUUUUAAUUAUUAAAUUUAUUUCUUGCUUCCUUCCACAAAAAGCAGACUUGAAGCAACCUCCAUGCACAAUAUAGAGAUGCAUAAUUAAUAUAACAGAAGAAAAAUCCAGUCAUUAUAAACACAACAAUACAAAUCAAAAUGAAAACCCUAAAUGCAUGAUCUGAAACCAUAAAUACAUGAUGAAUAUGAAAAGUGUUCAUCCGUGAUGCACAAAAUUUCCCGCUAUCAUUUCAUAUCCUAGAAUGAACACUGCAAUAGCGGCCCACAACAGACAGACCAUAGACUAGCAUCCAAAUGGCUGGGGAAAGCUACAUUUUUGCCUGGCUAUAGGUAUACAUGGGAUAGAACAUAGGUAAGGAGUCUGUUGUUCUCCAAAUACUGGACUACCAAUCUUAUCCCUGACCCCUAGCAAUCUGGAUUAGGGAUGAUGGAAGUUGGAAUCUACCAAUGCCCAGCAGGCCAAGGUUCCUUCUUCCUGGUUCUGUGUGUUCAGUGCUUCCAUUCCAGAUGCACUUUAAAGGUAGAAUUAUUGUCCCGUUCUCUCACCCCCUCUCUAUGCUACAUGGAGCAUUCUAAACAUAAUUUGCAUUGGAAGCGUUUCUCCCCUCUUGUCACAUUUGGUGGGUUCCUUUCUUCACAGACACAAAUGAAAGAAAGGGGGAAUAAAAAAACACAUCACGCAAACUGUAAAAGACAAAAGGUUUCAGUUUGAAUUCACACCUCUUGAAGUUUCAGAAGGAAAUACGACUUGUCAGAUGGGGACUUUAAUUUCAUCUUGGGGAUAAGGAGACUGACAAAUAAUCUUCUCCUAGAUGGAUAGUUGUUAGUAAGUAAAAGCUUUGGGAAUGAGUCAUCCCAUUGAGAGGUUUUGAUAGCAGGAAAAUAAGCUUAGCCCAAAGUAAUUUUACAGUGGAUUAAAAUAUGCUUGUGGAAUCAAAA